AAAGUAAUUUUCUCGAGAUUACAAUCGUUUUGUUUUCGUUUCGAUCUCUGCUUCUUUGCUUCCAUGUAUCGGAUGCUAGAUUCUUAUGCUUUAUGUUCUGAUUCCAUCAGAUCUGGUUGAAAUUGUUAAACCGUUAAUAGUUUCUGCGAUCAGAUUUUGUUGGCUUUGAAUCAGUAUAUCUUGGUUCAACAACAAUGUCAGGGGCUAAUGAUUCUUGUCCUUUGGUAAAGAACAUUCUUCUUCUAGACUCUGAAGGAAAGCGUGUGGCUGUUAAGUAUUACUCAGACGAUUGGACAACUAAUGCUGCCAAGUUAGCGUUUGAAAAAUAUGUCUUCUCGAAGACCUCUAAGACCAAUGCUCGCACAGAAGCGGAGAUAACGUUGUUGGAGAAUAAUAUUGUUGUCUAUAAGUUUGCCCAGGACCUUCACUUCUUUGUUACGGGUGGUGAAAAUGAAAACGAGCUCAUCUUAUCAUCUGUUCUUCAAGGCUUUUUUGAUGCUGUCGCGUUACUUCUGAGGAACAAUGUUGAAAAAAUGGAAGCACUUGAAAAUUUGGAUCUCAUCUUUUUGUGCCUUGAUGAGAUGGUUGAUCAGGGGAUGGUAUUGGAAACAGAUGCCAAUGUUAUUGCGGGGAAAGUAGCAAUGCAGAGCGCAGAAGCAAGUGGUUCACUAUCUGAACAGACAUUAACUCAAGCAUUGGCAACGGCCCGAGAGCACCUGGCGAGAAGUCUUCUAACAUGAUUUUCAUCGUGGAAGCAAAAUGGUAUGUUUUUAAUCAUGAGCCCUUAGUAACCAUAUCUGAAAUGGUUGCUGUUCAUUAGAAAUCAAUCCCUAUUUACUCAAGUAUCUUAUAACUAUGAUUUUUUUUUUUUCACAAUUCGUCAACUUUUUCUUCUUCUGGAAUUUAGAUCUAUUAUUCUCCUUGUUGACUAUCAAUACCUCCAUAUGACAUUGUUGUUAUGAUUUUUUUUAAGUUGAGGAUGAACAUAUAUGCACUAGUGAUUGCUAAGUU